AUGAAGGACCUGUCCCCGAAUGCGUCCCAUCAAGGGCCCCCUUCCGAUUCCAAGGAAGCCAUUCCCACAUCCGACAUUCAGCACGGUACUUCUGACAAUGCAGACCAACUGCAGCGCCACCUCGGCAACCGCCAAAUCCAGCUCAUUGCCAUUGGUGGUUCCAUUGGAACAGCACUUUUCGUCAGUAUCGGUAGUGGUCUGAAAAAUGGCGGUCCUGCCAGUUUGCUCCUCGGUUAUACUUUUUACAGUUGCCUACUCGCCCUGGUAAACAAUGGUAUGGCUGAGAUGGCUACGCUGCAUCCUGUCAGUGGAGGCUUUAUCAGAAUGGCCGGAAAGUGGGUUGAUGAUGCCUUUGGCUUCAUGGCUGGCUGGAACUUCUUCUUUUACGAAGCACUCCUCAUUCCCUUUGAAAUCACCGCUUUGAAUCUUGUCUUGACGUAUUGGCGCGACGACAUACCUGUUGCCGCUGUGUGCGCAGCUUGUAUUGUCCUCUAUGGUCUCUUGAAUGUCUUGGCUGUAGAGGCCUAUGGAGAAGCAGAAUUUUGGUUGUCUGGUGGCAAGGUCAUAUUGAUCUUUAUCCUCUUCUUCUUCACCCUGUUCACCAUGUGUGGCGCCAAUCCGCAGCACGACGCUUAUGGGUUUCGAUACUGGUCUGAUCCUGGCGCUUUCAACACCUACCUCGCAGGCGGUGACCUCGGUCGCUUCGAAGGCUUCCUGGCCGCUCUGUGGUCAGCCUCCUUUACCGUUGUGGGGCCUGAGUACAUCGCCAUGGUGGCUGCCGAGGCAAAGCGCCCUUCUAUCUACAUCAAGUCCGCUUUCAAGACUGUCUACUGGCGAUUCGGCAUCUUCUUCAUCCUGGGUGCCCUCUGCGUCGGCAUCGUUAUUCCCUAUGAUGAUGAGACUCUCGUUGGUAUCUACGACGGCAGCACAGGAGGAUCUGGCACAGCCGCUGCCUCGCCUUAUGUCAUUGCCAUGAAAAACCUUGGCAUCAACGGUCUCCCUCAUUUGACCAAUGCCCUCAUGCUGACGAGUAUUUUUUCCGCUGGCAAUACCUACACCUAUUGUGCAUCGCGCAACUUGUACGGCCUAGCAUUGGAAGGUCGCGCGCCGAAGUUUUUGCGCAAAUGUACAAAGAACGGUGUACCGAUUUAUUGCUUCGCGAUUGUCAUGCUUUUCCCUUUCCUCUCUUUUCUCUCGGUCUCUAGCAGCUCUGGCACAGUCCUGACUUGGCUCGUGAACCUGAUUACGGCUGGCGGGAUCAUCGACUACAUUGUCAUGAGUACCACGUACCUCUUCUUCUACUACGCCUGCAAGGCUCAGGGUGUGGAUCGACGCACGUUUCCCUAUCACGGAUGGGGCCAGCCGUACUGCGCCUGGAUUAGCCUAUGUGGCAUGACCGUCGUUGUCUUCUGCUACGGUUACUCCAGUUUCGUGCCUUGGAGUGUGGAGAACUUCUUUAUUUACUAUACCAUGGUCAUCCUCGCGCCUGUUCUCUUCUUCAGUUGGAAGCUCAUCCACCGAACUAAGAUCAUACGGCCAAGUGAGGCUGACUUGGUUUGGGAGCGACCGAUUGUUGAAGCGUAUGAAGCCAGCUUCAACGAGCCUCCAGUGGGAUUCUGGACAGAGAUCCUCCAAUUAGUUGGUCUAAAGCGUGGUAAAAGGAUUCACCACGAUGCAUAG